UCAGCGAUUCAUUACGGAUGUUAUGUUGUACGCAUGCGCCUCAGGAUAUAUGCUUUAUCGAAUCGUAGCGGACGAUUUUCUUGUUUGACUGAACUGUUAUUUCCGUGAUCAUGUGUUCUAAAAAAAUAAUGUGAUUACCUGUUAGAAAAAAGUGUAAUUUCCAGGAUUUAUUCAUGUGAUCUUAUACAAUUGUUUGGUUUCACGGACUACACAUGUGAUUGUCUUAAUUCAAAACCACACGUCGUUUCUCUUGGCGUUAUCGUCUGUGUGUUGUGUUUAGUGCAGUUAUAGUAGUAGGCUCACUAAUGGUCUAGUAUUUUCAACACGAAGUUAUUUUUUAGGCCUAAGUUUAACCAAGUUAUAAGAGAAAAAUAAAAUUCUGUGUUGAAAUUCAGUCCAGGAAGUGUGUAAGUUAGACUGUGGUGACCUCAAAUUCUUGAAUACAUUGAUGGAUUGUCUCCAACACAUGGGAACAUAAUAUGAAAUGACAGAGAUGUCACGGGGAGUGCCGCUCCGGCCCUUAAGCCCCCACCCCCAGGCCACGCUGUCAGAUGACCUGCGGCUCGCUGCCAGCAGAGGUCAGGUGGAGCUCAUCAAGGAGCUGCUGUCUAGAGGCGCCGGGCUGGACCCCGAUAAGGACGGACGUAACGCCCUCCACUAUGCCGCCCAAGAAGGACACGCUGACGUGUGCAAGCUUCUGCUGGCGUCUGGCUGUGAGAUGGACAAGCAGGAUGUGAUGGGCUUAACACCUGUGAUUAGAGCAACCUCUCAAGGUGCACUUGAUGCACUCCUGGUACUUCUGGAGGCUGGUGCACUGGUCAACAGACAAGAUGAGCAUGGAAACGCUGCCAUCCAUGAGGCCUGCUGGCAUGGCUUCAGUAAAGCUGCUGAGUUGCUGGUCAAACACAAUUGUGAUGUCUUCCUCACUAACAAGGCUGGCUUCACAGCGCUGCACCUAGCUGCACAAAAUGGUCACAAUGAAAGCUCCAGGGUUCUGCUUUAUGCUGGUUGUAAUGCAGAUCUAAAGAAUAAUUAUGGCGACACAGCCCUACACACAGCUGCCAGGUAUGGCCAUGCAGGAGUGGCCAGGAUACUCAUCAGUGCCAGGUGUAAACUCAGUGAACAAAACAAGAAUGGAGACACAGCUCUCCACAUUUCUGCAGCCCUCAAGCGCAGGAAAAUUGCCAAAAUUUUAGUGGAAUCUGGAAUUGACAUCAGUCUUCUCAAUAAGCAAAAUGAAACAGCUCUGGAUGUGGCCCAGAGAAAAGAACAUCCUGAGAUUAUACUCAUCAUAACAACUUGUGGCAAGCCUAGGACUGGCCCGCCUGCGGAGAUGUUUGGUGUUUCCUUCAAGGAGGAGAUAGAAGACAGCCCUGUGGUCUGUCCGGAUGAGGAUCUCACACUCAAACCUCAGCUUAAACAGGAGAAAGAGGGCAGGAGAUUUUUCUUCUUCAAGAAAAAGAAAAAGGACAAGCCUCCCACGCCAACACCAGGGGCUAAAAAGUCUGGGCCAGAACUUUUCCACCCCGGUCAAGUGCCAGAGCAGCAGAGAAAAACUCCAGUCCACGGAUUCUUCUCUCAGUACGUCCCACGGGAUGGUGUCCAGCUGUACCGUGACCUGGCGGGCAACAUCAAACAGGGUCCCAUUGGGUACGCCCCUGUGUGUCAGUGUGGGCCCUCACUGCGACGUCUGGAGAACAGCAUCACAGACACGCGAGACACACUCUACAACCACAUGGACGCCUCCCACCAGAUCCUGUCCCAGAGGAUUGAGUACCUGGACAACAGGUCACGGCUGCAGUCACAGGCCACAGAGGCCAUGCUGGAGCAGAGGCUGAGACAUGAGGAGCACGCCUGUCAUGGCCGCAUCAGUUCACGCCUCCAUGAGGAGAGGGUGGAGACCCAGGCCAUGCUAGAGCAGGCCAGUCACACCAUGACCGACAAGCUGGAGUACUGGCUCAACGACAAACUGGCCAGCUACGGACACUGUUUAGACCAUCACCAUGAUGACUCAGCCCUGCCUCCCAGAAACCUCUUCUCUGACUUUACAGAGCUGGGGAGGUUGGUGCGGUCCCGCUCAGAUGAAACGUUGACAGCAUCGGACUACAGCGGCAAGUUCAGGAAGAAAGACUUCUACGCGUCCAGGCAGGCGGCCAUGCAGCAGAUACGAGGCUGGGACAUGCCUGUUGUUGACAGGACUAGCAGCAGAGGGCGCAGGAGGGAGACCAACAACAACUACAGCAACACCAACAACAACUACAGCAACACCAACAACAACUACAGCAUCAGCAACAAGAACACCACGGCCUCACCUGGCAUCAGCAACACCGUGGUCACGCAAGUCCAGGUGCAUGCUAGGGACGUGGGUCAUCAGGGUCAGCUCUCUAGGGACGUGGGUCAUCAUGCCAGGGACGUGGGUCAUCAGGGUCAGCUCGCCAGGGACGUGGGUCAUCAGGGUCAGCAGGCCAUGUCUUCCAGUCACACCCUGAGUCCUAGCACCAAGUCCACCACUUCACCCAGCACUCACACCAGUGCCCAGUCCCUGGCCAAACUUGCCACUCCUCAACUGACUGACACGCCAAAGCUGCGCAGUCGGAGUGUGGACAGGACAGGAUCGCAGCACAGAGUGACAUUUUCAACUGACCAGCAGUAUCCACAUAGGGUUACUUCAGCUGACCAGCAGUAUCCGCAUAGAGUUACUUCAACUGACCCGCAGUAUCCGCAUAGGGUUACUUCAGCUGACCCGCAGUAUCCUCAUAGACUUACUUCAAAUGUCCAGCAGUAUCCCCAUAGGGUUACUUCAGCUGACCAGCAGUAUCCUCAUAUUGUUACUUCAACUGACCAGCAGUAUCCACAUAAGGUUACUUCAGCUGACCAGCAGUAUCCCCACAGGGUGACUAGUCCAACCCCUCAAAGUGUUCAUGCCAGCCCUGCUGAUCCCAUCUAUUCCAGUGGACCGCGGCGCCAGUCAGCCAACCACAGACAGCAACCAGCCAACCAUGUGGGCAGCCCUGUGCCAGCCCCACAUAGAUCGUUGUUCACACACCAAAAUUUAGCCGCAGGGGGUCCUCCAAACACAGACGUAAGAUCCAGUGAUCAGGGGGGCCCCCGGGUGCCCCUUCUCACUGGACAGAUGGCCAAUGGUGACCCCAGUUAUCCACAGCAUGGAUACAGUGCUGGCGUCCACUGGCCAAAUGGUGCAGGACGAGCCAGGACAUUAUCCACUGACUCCGUGCUGACAGAGGACAACACAGGCUCUAUGCCCAGGAGUCGCAGUGUGGAGAACACCUUAGAGAGCCCCGGUGAGCUCUACUACUCUGGUUACACAACAGACUCUGCCAUCAGACCAUCCUCUAGUGGGAGCAGCAGCAGGAACACGGGCAGCCAGCGCAACCAGCGGGGCUCACACUCGCACAGCCCCGCUCCCCGUACCACCACCAGAUAUCGUAUUCCAGAAACAUCAGCGGACAUGUCACGUCCAGAAACCAGCCCCACUCCACCGUACACAUAUCAAGGGAGACCAACAGCUUUGUCAGGGCCAUCCAGGGUGCAGAGUCCCGCCAGCUUACAGAGGACACAGAGUCCUACUAGCACAAGUAGGACACAGGGUCCUGCUAGCACAAGUAGGACGUUUAACAAUGAUCUAAGAACUAGCAUGACUAAACUGUAUGACAGCCAGCUGGAGAAAAACCCCAGCCACUCCCCCAGCUCUCCAGGUGAGGUGCUCAGGUACCAGCCUGCAGACCCCAGGUUGAAUACCUCCAUCCAUUACCUGGCCCCCAUGAAAGAGUGUUUACAGCAUGAUAGUCUUGUGUCCCCCACCACCUCCCCAGCCCCUGUCCCAGCCAACAAAGAAGACAGCACCUGCAGCAGUAACCAGGACUCUGGCUACGGUAGCCGCAAUCAUGGAGGGGUCAAAGGUAGCAUUGACACCAGUGGGGGCACCCCCAGCUCCUCCUUCAGUAUGGAGAGGAGUGGCUGUACCACCCCCAGCACUGCUGGCUCGCCAUUCCCCCACCAAAAUGAGGCUGGCAACCUUGACCUGAGGUCUAGCAAUGGCUUCCUGCCCUCACCUGUCCAACACAGCUCCACACCUGUCCCAGGCAGGCUCAAGCAGACAGCCAGCUCUGAGAGGUCACGACCCCCAGCUUACAGUGGUCGAGCUGUGAGCAACGUUGUUACAAGCAGACCUCCCCAGUAUCCCCCAGUACAGCACACAGUGGCCUAUGGCUCCCCUGCCAGUCUCUCCCACCAAAUCUCUGCCCAAACCACAAAUCUUCAAAUCUCUGCCCAAACCACAAGCCUUCAUGAUAGCAGUGCUCAGGACAGUGGAGAUUAUAAGGCCUUCAACACAAGCUUGCCACCAUCCCUCUCAGCCAAACCCCAGCAACCCCCAGCCAAACCCCAGCAACCAACACCCAACACUCCAGCCAAAGACCAGCCCGCUGCAGUACAGGCCCACAUCCAGGGCUGGUACCAGCGCAAACUUCUGGAAGCUGCACAGCGGCUGCGCCAGAGCCAGAGCUACAACAGGCAAGACUCUGAGCAGCCCAGCGCAGAGAACUCGUAUGAUACAGAUGUUUACACACUGUGUCGUCCUGCUGACCAAAGGCAGGGCAGCUACCAGCCAUCAACUGACCAAAGACAGGGCAGCUACCAACAGUCAACUGACCAAAGGCAGGGCAGCUACCAGCCAUCAACUGACCAAAGGCAGGGCAGCUACCAACCGUCAACUGACCAAAGGCAGGGCAACUACCAGCCAUCAACUGACCAAAGGCAGGGCAGCUACCAACCGUCAACUGACCAAAGGCAGGGCAACUACCAGCCAUCAACUGACCAAAGGCAGGGCAGCUACCAGCCUACAGCUGACCAAAGACAGGGCAGCUACCAGCCAUCAACUGACCAAAGGCAGGGCAACUACCAGCAAUCAACUGACCAAAGGCAGGGCAGCUACCAGCCUACAGCUGACCAAAGGCAGGGCAGCUACCAACCGUCAACUGACCAAAGGCAGGGCAGCUACCAGCCAUCAACUGACCAAAGGCAGGGAAGCUACCAGCAGUCAACCUAUCAAUCUACUGACCAAAGGCCAAGUAACUACCCACAACAGUCUGUGAGGGUGACCUCUCCAGUGAGCUACAGAGGUCAGCAGGUCAGUGUCCCAGCCCACUUGUCUAGUCAGACCCAACAAGGACGGAGAGUGACUGGCCCGGCCACAGGGUGGGAUCAGGAGACUGUCUACUCCACCACCACAUUGGGUGCUAGGGACAUGUCAAACCACAGCGUGUAUCCACCCACCACAUUGGGUGCUAGGGACAUGUCAAACCACAGCGUGUAUCCACCCACCACACUGGGUGCUAGGGACAUGUCAAACCACAGCGUGUAUCCACCCAGUAAACUGUAUGCUCCACCACAUAGAACAAUUCAUUAUGACCCAGUGCAUGGCAGCGAUGUCUGACCUGUUCAACUGACCCAGCAGUCAUGUGCGACCUGCCCACCUGACCCAGCAGUCAUGUCUGACCUGUUCAACUGACCCAGCAGUCAUGUGUGACAUGCCCCAGCAGUCAUGUGUGACCCAAUGUCUUCCAAUUAAGUGGGAGUAGCAAAUUGAUUAAGCACUGUAUAAUGUACAGACAAAAAUUUCACUUUGUUUACUUAGAGUAGCCAUCUUAUAAAUGGACUAUUGUAGUAUAGUUAGAACAAUGUUUAUAAUUGACGUGUCCCAUUUGUAUGGAUGAAAUAAGCUUUCUACAGUGGUCAGUAGUAAUUUAUGUUUUCUUAGCAACCCACUAGAUGGCAGCAUGUGUACUUACAUUUCUUUCUGUUCAAUAUUUUUUUCUUUUAUAAAGAAAAAAUAGAUUUGUUCAAAUGUUUAUGGCCUUAUAUCCAACAAAUGUUGGUAUGCAACAAAUCACUUGGCUAGCCUGCUGAUUGUUUACAUGAAUUUUAUACACAAUAAAUGACAUUUUAAUUGAA